CUGAGCCUUGGUUAUAACGGUUUGUUUUGCUUAUGGAGUGAAGAAUUUUAUAUUGCUUAUGUUCCAAAAUGACGCGACAAUGUCGAACUUGCGGUGGCGUCAUUUACAACCGCAAAGCAAAAAAUCUUUUCCAGAUGGAGAAUGCUGAUAUUCUGGUCAACAUUGAGAUGAUCUCAGGGAUGACGCUGCUUAACGAGCCAGAUUUGCCAAACUCUAUCUGUGCCUGCUGUCUGCUAGAUCUGAAUCAAGCCGUAGUAUUCCGGGAGCGAUGCAACAAGACACAGGAACAUUUUCUACAGCGUCGUGAAUGGCAAUCUUCUAACGAUGAUGAGGUUAAGGAAGCAAUAGAUAUAGAGCCAAACGAUGGAUUGCAACUUCUAGACAAUGAUAUUGCUGAUUUUGAGGUGGAGGAUAUGCUUGAUUACUCGGAAAGGGACAUGUACAGUACCAAUAGAGAUACGGAGGCGGAUGAAGAUGACGGAACGGCUCAAGAUGCUGAGCUGACUGAAGAAGCCGAAAACUUAAUCUCGGCUAUGCAAAAAGAAAUGCUUAGUUUCUGCGACGAUAUCAGUGAUCAUCAAGAUACCAACGACGAGGAGGAAUCCACUUCGUCGCCACCAACUAAAACAAUUACAAAGGCGCCACGAAAAACAAAUGCCACCAAAGCAGUUAAAAAGGACACUGAGGUGACGGCAGUCCAACGAAAACCUUACAAGUCCUGGAAAAAUUUAACAGAGGAAGAAGCUCUCGAACGUAAGAGGGAACAGCGUCGCCGCGAUUGCGUCUGUGAGCAGUGUGGUCGUCACUUCACCGACCAGAGCAACUUCAAGCUCCAUAUGUUGCGGCACACGGGCGUCAAGAACUUUGCCUGCCCAGAGUGUGGCAAGAGUUUCUACACCGAACCUCUAAUGACUCUGCACGUACGGAUUGUACAUAAUAGGGAGAAGCCCUAUGUCUGUAAAUACUGCGGUAAAAGCUUUCACAACAGCACAUCGCGUAUAAUCCAUGAAAGGAUCCAUACUAAUGCCCGCCCAUAUAGCUGUGAGUAUUGCGAAAAGACGUUUAUUUCGGCUUCUGGACGCAAACGACAUGAAUUGGUACACAAUGGUGCCCGUCCCUUUUACUGCGCCACCUGCGAUCAACCAUUUCAACGAAGUACUCACCUAAAGGCACACUUAAAAUCUAAGUUGCAUAUAAAUAGAGCUAGUCGCCAGCGUCACAAAUCUCAGUUGGAAGAAACGGAAUCUCAGUAAUUAAUAAGAAAAUAACGGCCAGACAAGUUGUAAAAUUAAAAAGGGGCAGAUAGAAAUUGUAGAUAAAGGACUUGUCAAUCAAAUACUGAACUUAUUAAACAUGAGUAAUUCAAUAGUUUACUGCCAACAAUUGAGAUUUACGGUUUAUGUACAAAUUUUGUAAAUGAAAGACUUAAGGGCAACUAUUAGCAACAGAGUGGCACUGCAUUUUUUUUAAAUUGCCCAUUUACAUAAUAACCAUUUAUCAUAACGAAAAGAUGUUUAAAUUUUGCAAAUCGUAAAAUGAUUCUCUCAGUUAUAGGCGGCUAGCGUUAAAAUUUAUGUUAUAAUUGUAAAUAUUUUCAAAAAUGUUAAAGUUUCUCUGAAUUUUGGCCAAUUUCCAACCGAUAUCGAAAAGUAAUAGCUUAGUUUUUGAAAAUUUGUAAUAUAUUAAAAUGCCAUCAAAACAAAGGUAGAGAAAAUUUUGAUUCUAUAUUUGAAAACUUGAACCAAAAAUGUAUAAAACUUCGGUUUUUGUAGUGCCAAAUAAAGGUCAAAGCAUCAUA